AACAGACGGUGUUCACAGACUGACCUCCGCUCCGGGCGGAUCCGACCAGAACCGGGACUGACUACCGAAACCCGCGAUGCACUGAGUGAGUAUCACCCAGCAAAGAGGAGGGAGCACGACCACUGUAUUUUCCUCGAAGUCAGACAACAAGGUGGGUCCUCUCCUGUGUCCACAAUGACCACCCUCGAGGACGGUGACAUGAACACCUUCGGCCCAGAGCUGCCGGCCAUGUUUGAUGGUGUGAAGCUGGCAGCGGUGGCGACUGUGCUCUACAUCAUCGUCCGCUGUCUGAACUUGAAGAGUACCACAGCAGCACCAGAGAUCAUCCACCAGGAUACACUGCUCAACCGUUACCUGCUUAAAUCCUGCCCACUGCUGUCCAAAGAAUACAUUCCUCCCCUGUUGUGGGGCAAGAGUGGACAUGUCCAGACGGUCCUGUAUGGCAAGAUGGGGCGUGUCAACACUCCAACGCCCUGCGGGGUCCGCAAGUUUCUCCCCAUGCCGGAUGGGGCCACGGCGACCUUUGAUCUUUUUGAACCUCGUGGAGACCACAGCACAGGAGAUGACAUUACCAUGGUAAUCUGCCCUGGGAUCGGUAACCAUAGCGAGAAGAACUACAUUCGGACCUUUGUGGAUCACUCCCAGAGGCAGGGUUACCGCUGCGCCGUCCUCAACCACCUGGGAGCCCUGCCCAACGUGGAGCUCACCUCGCCGCGCAUGUUCACCUACGGCUGUACCUGGGAGUAUGCGGCCAUGGUGGGCGCCAUCAAACGAGCUUUUCCUCAGACACAACUGGUGGUUGUGGGCUUCAGUCUGGGGGGAAACAUCGUCUGUAAGUUCCUGGGUGAGAACAGAUCCAACCAGGACCGAGUGCUGUGCUGUAUCACUGUCUGUCAGGGUUACAGCGCGCUCAGGGCCCAGGAAACAUUCCUUCAGUGGGAUCAGUGCCGGAGGCUCUACAACUUUGUGCUGGCGGACAACAUGAAGAAGCUCAUCCUGUCACACAGGAGCACUUUGCUCAGCCUGAACUCCAGCCACAUCAGUGAAGCAGACGUAAGCAGACUGUACGCAGCCACGUCCCUGACGCAGAUCGACGACAGCAUCAUGAGAAAAUUUCACGGCUACAACUCGUUGAAGGAGUACUACGAGCAGGAGAGCUGUGUGCACUACAUCAAGAACGUCACCGUCCCUCUCCUGCUGGUCAACUCCUCAGACGACCCACUCAUUCAUCAUUCAUUGCUGGAUAUUCCACGCACACUUGCAGAAAAGAUGCCCAAUUUGAUAUUCGUCUUGACCCAACACGGAGGCCACCUUGGCUUCUUUGAGGGAGCCAUGCUGUUCCCUCAGCCCCUCACCUGGAUGGACAAGAUCAUAGUUGAGUACACCGACUCCAUCUGCCACUGGGAGAAGAACCGACCGGCCUGCCAGAGGAGCAGCCACCAGGACAUGAACUCCUCCUGCCUGCAGAGCACAGGGGCGACAGUCAGUGGGUAACAUACUGUACACAGACGUCUGGAGACAAAACAACAGACUAAAACUACAAAGUCUUGUAUUAACUCCUGCAUUGCUGUGCUAAUGGCUUUACGGUUUAGUAAAUAAUUCUGGGAAAAGUAGGAAAUCACUGAUUGGAUAAGAAGAAGCUGAGUGGAAGUGGGUAACACCAAGCUAUACACUGAAACCCACAUUAGACACCUGUAACAAGACCCCAUGGUGAACUGGUUCUUCCUCUUGUUCCCAGUUAACCUCCAGUGUAACACGAGUUCACCCUCUGCAGGUUUUUGGCAGCUGCUGCUUCUUGAGUCUGGAAAGCAGUGUGAUAUAAUUAGUGGGGGACAUACUGAUAUCAGAGAAUGAAUGUGACCUUUGACCUGCAUGUAGAAAGAAGAGAAAUGUUUGUUUUUCUACUUGAAUUAAAACUGAAAACUUUCCUACAAAACUUAAAUAUAAAGUCAGAUUUGGCAGCUAAAAUAAAUUAAAUCAUUCUCAAAA